CGAGUGGCAACAGUGAAACACGUUUCUUGAGGCGAGGAGUGCAGUUUGCCCGUCCGCGCCUUUGCGCAGUGGAAGUGCUGCAAGCUGUUGUUCCUGGACGGCUGCUACAGUUGCUACAAUGUCUUAAGGAGAUAACUAUCGCGCAGGAGGCGGCUACCAUACUCGCUACAUCAUGGAAUGCCUGAAACGGUUCGGAGACACCCGCUUCCUUCUUCACGCUGAGGACCACAUCGUGCUCAGGCUGGAGUCACCGUGGCCUCGCGACGUCGCCCUCCCAGAAGGAUGGUCACUCGGGGAGGACCGCACCUCGCUGGUCACGAAUCAGAGGUCUCUAGUGGCGGCGAAGAGCAAGUUGCCUAGAAGGGUGCGGAUCUCGGGAGCCGUGUUCGCUGCGUGCGCGCCCUUCCAGUCUUCGGACCGCUACGCCAGCGCAGCGAGCGAGCUGCUCCGAGAUGCCGAUGAGAUAUGCGUUGUGCACAACAGGGACAAGGUGUACAGGCUCGUUCGCUUGUUCCCGAACGCCAGCGUGCUCGCCUUACCGCACGACCUGUGCAUGCACGUCGUGGAAAUGGACGAACCGUCCAGGGACAUCUCCGUACCCCUGGUGGAGCGCUGCCAGUUGACACAGCUUCUCGGUAGCGUGGAGUCCUUAAAAGACCUCCUCAUUUUGAGUCCACGGACUUUGAUGCUGAUCAUGAAGACUUGCCCACGAUUGAGUCGCAUUGAUACUGAAGGGGUCCUGGACGCCGUUUUCUUGUGGUCGACUUUUUUGCCCGCUCCAACCACUUACCAGAGAGGAGAGCAGUUCACCCACCUGCAGUUGUUCCCUGUUUUCGCAACAGACGGCACACUCACCAGACCAAUGGACGCAUUUCACAUCUCCCUCGCCGCCAGGACAUUUCCGCGCAUCGAGAUAUUGAAGGUGUACGUAAACUCCCUGGAAGCUCUGGCUAGCAUCUCGGCUUUCCGUCACCUGCGCAGCCUUCAGAUGUCUCUCAGAGGUCCGCUCAACUUGGCCGACUUGGGCUCGGAACUGCAGCUCCUGCUGAGACGCUGGCCGCGUCUUGAAGAACUUGCGCUCGAUUGUUGCGUGGGUCUACGACUCUCGACGAUCGCCAGCUUAUGUCCGAACCUCAGGAGCCUACGUCUCAUCCUCUGUGCCACUUCGACACAGGACGCCCCGGUCGAAGCGGGCGCGUUCCCGAAUCUCGAGUGCGUCGAGCUGUGCGUGCCCGCUCUUGCAGUCGCCUUCGGUGCGUUACUGCUGGCCGCACGCGACACGCUUCGCACCGUACGCCUGCACGAUGACGACAUCUGCGGAGUUCUUAAAUUUGCUCGCCGGCACGGCGGAGACGUACGCUUCCCGCGGCUCGAGGACUUGUUCUUGAAAACGGAGUGGUCGGUGCGCGCGCUUGGGAUACAGCCAGAGGACCUGCAUUCCGUGGUGCGGGCUCUGCCGGCGCUUCGACACCUGGACACAGAUAGCUACGACCUGAGGCUGUUCUUCGAGAACUACUAUCUUCCGCUCGGUCGAGUCUCUGUGUCCUGGACAGAAUGCGCCUACUGCGCCGUCGAAGCCGUGAACGUGCCGAAGCGCGCCGACAUAGAUGCUUUGGUGUCACACCCUGUUCCCCACUUGCGGUAAGCGACGAGUAGGACACUUCCGCAAAAGUUGCUUUUCUCGUAUUACGCGAUUUAUUUAUUUCUUGCAAUACUUUUUCAAUGUGCAAGUAAACAUUUGCAAACAUUUAUUCGUACAAUUUUUACAAUCGAAUUUUAUGGGUACGUUGGGUGAAUAAUUUUCGUCGUAGUUCCGUUUCGUCUACCAUCACUGUGCACUAUCAGUACGGAUCGAUGGCGGCGUAUUGGAAAAA